CAGAGCCACCAACGGUCUGAUGAAACGUUGCGUCAUAAAAACUCGCUCUCUGUAUAAAAGCCGGUUUCAUAGAACGAACGGUAACACUUUUAGGUGCUCCACGCCGCAGGGAGGAACUUAAUAUUAUAGUCAACCGAGCGUCCCUGAUUAAUAAAAUGUGCGGCAUUUGGGCGGUUUUCGGCGCUUUGGUGGACGUGGACACCACAAAACACCACGAAACGUCGGCCAAGAUCACACACCGAGGUCCGGACGCGUGGAGAACUGAAUGUGACAACAGGAUGAAGAAUGGCUGCUUUAGUUUCCACCGUUUGUCAAUUAAUGACGGUCUUUGCGGAAUGCAGCCGAUGAAAAGAAACAUCAACCCUCAUUUGACCCUCCUGUGCAACGGUGAAAUUUACAACUGCAAGAGGUUGCGCGAUGAGUUCAACUUCACCUACGAGAGCAAGUGCGACGUGGAGUGCAUUUUGCACCUUUACACAAAACUGGGCGCCAAACAAGCGGCCAGCAUGCUUGACGGCGUCUUUGCCUUCUGCCUGGUGGAUGCUCUGAACAGACGUGUCCUGAUCGCCAGAGACCCUUUCGGCGUCCGACCCUUAUUCAAACUGACCGGACCUGGCGGCGUCCUCGGCGUCUGCUCCGAAGCAAAGGGUUUGAUUAAACUGAUGGAGGGACACGACGACUGGAAAAUGGACCCUUUUCCGCCAGGUUGUUUCGAGGAGUACGAACUGAACCCUGAAGGUGGGGCAACUUUUCUGAGACAGCAGAGGUUUUAUAGCAUUGGCGACAAGCCUCAUUACAAAUUGGCUAUUCAAGAAAAAGAUUACGCCGAUGACAUUUACACAAACAUUAGGUCAUUGCUGACCACUGCGGUGGAAAAACGCCUCAUGUCUGACAGGAGGAUAGGGUGUCUCUUGUCCGGUGGUCUUGACUCCAGUCUUGUUGCUGCCCUGCUCGUUAAAUUGGCCAAAGAUGCUGGAGUCCAAUACAAAGUUCAAACAUUUUCCAUUGGCAUGGGAGAGGAGAGCCCCGAUCUCGUAGCAGCCCGCAGAGUGGCUGCUCACAUAGGCAGCGAGCACCACGAGGUGGUUUUUACUGAAGAGGAUGUCCGGUCAGUGCUGGAUUCGGUUCUGUACCACCUUGAAAUAGCGGACAUCACAACACUUCGCGCCUCAAUCCCUAUGUUCCUGCUGUCAAAAUAUAUCAAGGAAAAAACGGAUUCCACCGUUAUCUUCAGUGGGGAAGGGGCAGAUGAAGUGGCUCAGGGAUACAUUUACUUCCGAGACGCCCCUUCAGCUGAAGAGGCGCACCAGGAGAGUCUCAGGUUGCUGAACGAGCUGUACAUCUACGACGUUCUGCGUAGUGAUCGAGCCACUUCAGCUCACAGUUUGGAGGUCCGAGUGCCCUUCUUGGACCACCAGUUUACCAGCUACUAUCUGAGUUUGCCGAAAGAGCUUCGACAGCCGCAGAAGGGCGUUGAAAAGUUCAUCCUGAGGAAGGCCUUCGACGGCGACCUGCUGCCCCAUGACAUUUUGUGGCGACACAAAGAAGCUUUCAGCGACGGCGUCGCUUCCAAGAAAAAACCCCUUUUCAAAAUACUCCAAGAGUCAGUCGAGGCACUCGUUAAUGACGAACAGGUGCAAGAAGCCUCGAAACGCUUCCCUCAUUGCACCCCCAAGACCAAAGAAGCCUUCUAUUACAGGCAAGUGUUUGACAAAAAUUUCCCCGGUCAAGACCACUGGCUGCCCUACUUCUGGAUGCCUCGGUGGAGCGAUGCUACCGACCCGUCAGCUCAAUUCAUCAGCCACUAUGCUGCGGAAUAGUUUUUAAAUUCACCCCAAUUUUGUACUAUUUGAUUGAAAAGUUUGGUGCUGGUCAAGAUAAAAUAAAUUUAUUGCACAGCAACUCACAGAAAGCG